AUGUUCUCAGAGACAAUAAAGAGCAAUGAUGUGUUUACUUUUACAAUAAUAAUAUUUGUGGAAGUAGUAAUUGGAAUCUUAGGAAAUGGAUUUAUAGCACUAGUGAAUAUCAUGGACUGGACCAAGAGAAGAAGGAUCUCUUCAGUGGAUCAGAUUCUUACUGCCUUGGCCCUUACCAGACUCGUUUAUGUGUGGUCUAUGCUCAUUUACAUAUUGUUAUGCAUACUGUGCCCACAUUUGCUUAUGAGAUCAGAAAUGCUUACAGUAAUGGGUAUUACCUGGAUACUCAACAACCAUUUCAGCAUCUGGCUUGCUACAUGCCUUGGUAUCUUUUAUUUCCUCAAGAUAGCCAAUUUUUCUAAUUCUUUAUUUCUUUACCUAAAGUGGAGAGUUAAAAAAGUGGUUUUAAUGAUAAUACUGGUAUCAAUAAUUUUCUUGAUUUUAAACCUGUUUUCUCUAAGGAUGUAUGAUCAUUUAUCAAUUAAUGUUUAUGAAGGCAAUAUGUCUUAUAGUUUUAGGAAUUCACUACAAUUUCCCAGAAUUUUCUUAUUCAUCAACUCAUCUGAAGUUUUCUUAAUCAUCAACUCAUCACAUGUUUUCUUCCCCAUCAACUCCCUGUUCAUGCUCAUACCUUUCAUAGUAUCCCUGGUAGCUUUUCUCAUGCUCAUCUUCUCACUGUAUAAGCAUCACAAGAAGAUGCAGGUCAAUGCCAAACGAACUAGAGAUGCUAGUACCAUGGCCCACAUUAAAGCCUUGCAAACUGGGCUCUCCUUCCUGCUGCUGUAUGCAGUAUGCUUACUUUUUCUUGUCAUAGGAAUGUUGACCCUUGGAAUGAUGAGUGGAAAAUUAAUAAUUUUAUUUGAUCACAUUUCUGGAAUGGUUUUUCCUAUAAGCCAUUCAUUUGUGCUGAUUAUGGGAAACAAUAAGCUGAGACAAGCCACUCUUUCUGUGUUGCCUUGUCUGAGGUGUCAGGGCAAAGAUAUGGACACCAUGGGUUCCUAA